CUGAAGUUGUUGUCCUAUUUCCUCGACCGAUAAUGUCUGAGUGCGCAGCCAUGGAGAGCUCGUCCGUGUACAUGUGCUUCCCCUGCUACCAGGAGUUCAACACCCUGGAAGAGGUGCUUGAGCACCAGUUGACGUGCACGGCUGAGGAUGAACAGCUGGAAGCCCCUGGAACCACCCCUCUCACGGUCCCACUGCUACAGACUCAGCAACAACAGGUCGUAAAUCUGUCAAGGACGGUAGCAGUCCCACAGAUUGAAGUCCAAGCAGGACACUUCUCGGUGCAACCGGUUCUCAAGGAGGCUGCAGUCCCUGUGAAUGUGGCAUCGGACCAGCCCCGAAUCCUCUACCAAUGUGGGGACUGUGAUGAACUCUUCAAGAGCCUGGACCUUUGGCAGCAGCACCGUAAAGAUGAGACAUGUCAACAGCCCAACAGGAAGUUGAACCCUGAUUCACAACCUGAGCCCGACACCGCUUCAGCUCAGAGCUCCAUUUCACCUUUACUUCCAGAUGACUCUUCUCUCUCGAAGAGUGAAACCAGAGAACAUCUUCAACCUGAACAAGUGGUGACCCCCGUAGAAGAAGAAGAGAGCCAGCAAGUUGCAGAGAGCUCUGAUCCUCUCGUUUCUGAGGAGGCCGCCUCCAUCUCAAAUCAAGAGGAUUGGUCCCCCAGGAGGAAGGGGGUCAGCAAGAAGGCCAAGCCUGAACCGGUGCUGCUGUGCGUGGACUGCGGCUCGUGCUUUGGCCUGGUGUCUGAACUCGUGGCCCACCGCAGGACCCAGCACGGCUUUGAGGAGGCGCUGCACCGCUGCUCUGUGUGUGGGGAAAGCUUUCUAAACACCACGCUCUUUCUUUACCACCGCAAGCAACACCGGCAGAAAGGCGAGGAAAAGGAGGCCGAGGUUCCCGUAGAGAACUCCGAGGAAGUUUGUCCUCCGAUCAACGGGACCGAGGAGCCGGGGGGGCAGGAUGCCACCGCCUCCACCCCCGGUGACGCCUCCAGUUUCCCUCAGCCCGAGUUGUUCAUGUGCACCCUGUGUGGGGAGAGCUUCAGUGAGGAGAUGGGGCUGGUCACGCAUCGGAAGCAGAAGCAUGACCUAAAGGAGCCGCUACACAGUUGCCAGCAUUGCGGCGAGGUCUUCAUGAGCACCACCCAGUACCUGUACCAUCGGCGGCAGCACCGCUUCAAAGCAGGGACAGAGGGGACGGAUGUGGAUGAAAUUGGCGAUGAAGCAACCCCCGAUAACCCUCAGGACGCUUCACCCAGCUCGAAGCGGCUGCUUUCACCGCCCUCCACUGCGAGUGAAUCAGGUUCACCGCUCCCGAAGAGAAGCAGGCCCUCUUUCAGGAUCCUGAGUGCCGGAGUCAAGGCCUUCAAAGAGGAACCAAAUGGCGUCACUGCAGCAGACCCCAACCAGCCUCCACCUGCCAAGCUGCUGCAGGACUGGGCCCGCACACCACUACCCCAUGUUUGCCCCUAUUGUGGCAAAACAUUCACCCGGCGCGUCUUCCUCCGCACCCACGUCUUCAGCCACACCGGAGAAAAGCUCUUCACGUGCAAGGUUUGCUCAAAGUCCUUCACGAACUCCCAGAGCCUGCUGCGCCACAGCAUGAGCCACACGGGCAACAAACCCUUCAGCUGCGAUGUUUGUGGCAAAAACUUCUCCCAGGCGGCCACCCUGAAGAGACACCAGCGCAUCCACACGUCGACGCUGCCUCGACGCAAGCGUGGACGCAAACCGGUGUGUACUUUGGACAACGAGGGAUCUGCCCACCUCUUCUCUUGUCCUCACUGCCCGUCGCGGUUCAACACGGAGGAUCAGCUUGUCCAUCACAAAUUGCUCCACACGAGCCAUCCGUUCCCUUGCGCCGAAUGUGGAGAGGCGUUCAAACGCCGGAGAGAACUGGAUCUGCACUCGCUCACUCACCAAGACAAGCAGCCGGCGACGUGCCUCCACUGCGCAAACCAGUUUGUGAACCAGUCGGUGCUGGAGAUCCACAUGCAGCGCUGCCCUUCCACGGAGGAGGACAAGAACACGGGCCGUGGCCGGGGGCAGGGCCGGGGACGAUGCACCGGACAGGUCGAGUGUGACCUCUGCGGCCACCGUUGCAUGACCCAGGAGGGCCUCGACCUCCAUCGGCUAUCCCACACGGGCCAGACACCCCUCAAAUGCCCGGUGAGGCCGUGCCGCCGCCGCUUUACCUCCAACAGCACCCUGGAGGAGCAUGUGCUGGCCCACUUCCAGGGCACGCUCGGCAAGUCCAAAAACCGACCCCGCUUCCGCUGCCAGAUUUGCCUCAAGGAAUUUUCCUAUAAUUCCACCUUUAAUGUUCACAUGAGGACGCACACCGACGAGAGGCCCUUUGAGUGCGCCACGUGUGGCAAGCGCUUCCGCCAGCUGCCCCACCUGCAGGACCACGAGCGCAUCCACAGCGGCCUCCGGCCGUUCUGCUGCUGGAUUUGCGGCAAGAGCUUCAGCGUGGCCGCCCGGCUCACGGAGCACGCCCGCACCCACAGCGGGGAGAAGCCGUACCCCUGCGCCCACUGCUCCGCCGCCUUCCGCUCGCGCUCCAACCUGGACAAGCACAUCCGGCUGCACGGCGACCUGUUCGAGGACAACGCGGAGCAGGCGGCGCAGGACGCCGAGGCCGCCCACGUCCAGAAGGUGCUGGAGGGGGCCAAGGUGCUGUCCUCCCUGGCCACCACGGGGGAGCUGGAGCCGGGCUCGGUGCAGACCAUCUACGUGCUGCAGGGGGGCGAAGGAUGCACCGAGACGGUCAUGAUCCCGGCCCAUCAGUUCGCCGGCUUGGACGGCAACUCGCAGGUCGUCAUCCUGCCCUCCUCCGUUCUGGGAGCGCAGGGCAUCAACGUUCCCAUGAUCACCAUUGACGGAAACGAGAUCACCGUGGUGGAGACGAGCCACGCGCCGCAGCACUCCAUCGAGUUCAUUGUGGAGGAGACCGUAUAGACGGAGGAGCACAAACCUCUGUGGAGACGGGACAACCGGUCGAGAGCAGCGGAGCGACUGGCGGACACGAAAGACGGUUGAAGUCAAAAGUUUGAUAUUUGAAUCAUAUUGAGUUGUUACCUUUUUUUAAAUAAAUAUAGAUAUAUAUAGUUUGAUAGGUUUCUAAGCCAGUUCCAACAGCAAUUCCACUUUGUAUAGUCAGUAAGUUUUCUUGAGCUUAACAUGGUUAAGCUUGUUCACAGCGGGUCAAACUAAUGAAUGAGAGGUUCAUACACACAUGGACCGCCCGGGGGGACAGAAUGUACCUUUAAAUUAGCAACCUGAUUAAAAAGCAGAUUGUUGAAUUCAGACCUUGAUUAUAUAUACUGUAUAUACAUAUAUCUAUAUACAUAUAUAUACACAGGUGUGUAUUUACAGCCCCUAUUUAUUAGGGGAAGACAAGUGGCGGCCCCUAAAAUGUCUUCUGUUUUCUUUAUAAUAAAAUGCUUCAGCUUUCACAUUUGUGACCUUCAAUCAAUUCAUACGCUGCGUGCCUCGAGGGCUCCGCGUCCCGCCGGCGGGGGGGGGGCUUUUUAUAGGUCUCGCUGUCAAUGGACACGUUGUUUUGUUUUGACAAACGGUCCAAGGUCUUCCACUGAGAAAUAUCCAGACAGGUGAGCGUACACACGCACACUAAUGUUAGAGAACGCCAUAAUCAAGUAGAAACGUGUGUUACGGACAUGUUUAUACGUUAUGUUAUUGAUUGGUUUAACUUUUAUGCUGUAAUUAAAUUCAAUUAAAUGAUAACAAGGAUAUAGCAAGAUCUAUGAUGAUUGAGCUGAAGCGCAGCAUUGUGCAGUGGCAAGUGGAACAAUGAAAUUAUCCUGCACUUGCUGUACAGUUAUCAGAAAUAAUGGUCCUUCACGUCUCAUGGGGUCAUCGGACCCUAUGAGACGACAUAGAUCCUAUCUGCCUGAUGGAUCAUUGAGGUCUGGGUCGUGGAAUUCCUGCUCCUGACUACGCCACUGUCCUGUUGAGACUCCGCCUACUGUUGAGACUCCGCCCACUCCUCCUCCCCACCGCCAUCUGCCUGAUGGAUCGUGGAGGUCUCCAUCGUGGAAUAUGCCUACUAUGAACUAUUCAUACACUCUGUCAUAUUCAUUGAAUGUAUUUUAACUCUAAAUCUGUCCUUCUGUACACAUUACAUCUAUUGCAUCUGUCCAUCCUGGAGAGGGAUCCUCCUCUGUUGCUCUCCUCCAGGUUUCUUCCCUUUUUUUCCCCCUGAAGGGUUAUUUGGGAGUUUUUCCUGGUCCGAUGUGAGGUUUUGGGGCAGGGGUGUCUAUGUGUACAGAUUGUAAAGCACUCCGAGACAAAUUUGUAAUUUGUGAAAUUGGGCUAUACAAAUAAACUGAAUUGAAUUGAA